AUGAAUCAUACUAACUUUACUCCAGAAGCCAACAUGGCUACAAACUCUAAAACUGUCACUGAAAAUUUGCUAAUUACCUUGUCUCUCUCCAUCAUUACAACCCUGACUAUGCUACUGAAUUCUUCUGUUAUUUCAGCAAUCUGCACAACAAAGAAGCUCCACCAGCCAGCCAACUAUCUUAUAUGCUCACUGGCUCUUACAGAUCUGCUUGUUGCUAUUCUAGUGAUGCCCUUGAGCAUUGCCUAUAUAGUGAUGGACAGGUGGACCUUGGGAUUCUUCCUCUGUGAGGUCUGGCUGAGCAUAGACAUGACCUGCUGCACAUGCUCCAUACUCCACCUUUGUGUCAUUGCCUUGGAUAGAUACUGGGCAAUUACAGAUGCUAUUGAAUAUGCCAGGAAAAGGACUGCCAAGAGAGCUGGUAUUAUGAUCUGCACAGUAUGGGCAAUAUCGAUUUUCAUCUCAAUGCCUCCAUUGUUUUGGCGAAACCACCGUAACAGCAGCAAUUCCAGCGACUGCCAAAUCCAACACAGUCAUAUCAUUUAUACCAUAUAUUCCACCUUUGGAGCGUUUUAUAUCCCUUUGACCCUCAUUCUGAUUGUCUACUACAGAAUCUAUCACGCAGCAAAGAGUCUGUAUCAAAAACGUGGGUCAAGCAGGCAUCUCAGCAGCAGGAGCACCGACAGCCAGAACUCUUUUGCCAGUUGUAAACUCACGCAGACAUUUUGCAUUUCAGACUUAUCCAUGUCCGAUCCUACCGCGGAAUUUGAUAGAAUCCAGUUUUCAGUGAGGGGCCCUCCUUUUGACAAUGAUCCCGAUUUGGUCGGAGACCGCCAACAGAUUUCCAGUGUAAGGGAGAGAAAGGCUGCACGCAUCCUUGGCCUCAUUUUAGGUGCAUUCAUUUUGUCUUGGUUGCCAUUUUUUAUUAAGGAGCUCAUUGUGGGCCUUGGGAUAAGCACUGUGUCAGCGGAAGUUGCUCAUUUUUUGACAUGGCUUGGCUAUGUGAAUUCUCUUAUCAAUCCUCUGCUGUAUACUAGUUUUAAUGAAGAUUUUAAAUUUGCCUUUAAAAAACUCAUUAAAUGUUGGGAACACCCUUAA